UUCAGUUAUACUAUACCGUCGCGCGUUCAGGAAGGAUGCUAUUUCUCAAUAAAAACCGAGUGCUUUCUUUGGUCGUUAAUUUUAUUUUUCUUAUCAUUCUCAUUUCAUCGAGCGUCCAAGCAGAUGAGAGAAACAUAAACAAGCUGCUGAACAACCAGGUGGUGGUCAGCCGCCAGAUUAUGUGCAUCCUGGGCAAAAGCGAAUGCGACCAACUGGGCCUUCAACUUAAAGCUGCCCUGCCAGAAGUUAUAACCAGGAAAUGCAGGAACUGCUCGCCUCAACAGGCUCAAAAAGCGCAAAAGCUGACCACAUUUCUUCAAACUAGAUACCCGGACGUUUGGGCAAUGCUUCUAAGAAAGUACGACAGUGCCUAAGUGGCAUUUAAAUGUUAUUCUCAUGCAUCGAAUAUAAUAAACUAGUCUCGACAUCA